AAAGAGUUCGAUUGUUGUUAAAUCGCAUAAAUUAUUUUUUAACAAUUAUAAUUGCGGAAGAUGGCUGCUUAAACAACUUUAAUACUUAAUUUCGUCUUGCACUAUUCCAAGUUAAAGUUCCUAUUGUGUCAAAAAUGUAUCGCUUUCUGCUUUUCGUGUGUUUGGGUCUUCGAUGCCAAAUCGAAGCUUUCAACAUUUCGCCGAAUCCUACGCAGAGAUUUUUGUAUCCGGACUCAGGCAAAAUAGAAGACGGCCGUAGCUCAUAUUUCGGAUACUCCCUCGUUAUUCGAGAGAAAAGUGUAAUAGUGGCAGCUCCACGUGCGAAUUCCACCUGGCCGGAUCAGAGCAAGAUCAUCGAGCCCGGCAUGGUCUUCAGAUGCCUGUUCGAGCACGGCAGCUGCUCCCCGUAUGACAUAGAUAACAAGGGCAACCAUUUCGAAAAGGCAAGCACGGACGUGCUCAGGGCCAAGGGCAAGGACCACCAGUGGCUGGGCGGAUCGAUGGACGGUGGCACUCUGGAUUCGGAUAAGUUACUUGUAUGCGCCCCGCGAUUCCACAGUGCCAAUGAGGUGGCACGUAAUGGCUGGAAGUAUGACCCCGUUUCCCACACCUCAGCUAAUUUCUCCAUGAUUGGCGUCUGCUAUUGGCUGAAGGACACAGCCGCGGAGGAGGACCUGGAUGUCACGGAUAUCUGUCCGUUCGCCUUGAUAAAAAAGCAGACUGGCAAUGAUAGCACGCCCUUCUAUCUAAUGGGACAACUGGGACUGAGUGGACAUGUGACGAAAAGCUCGACGCUCAUAAUGGGAGCACCAGGAAUCGAUAUGUUUAGGGGAUCGGUGUAUCUAAAUCCAGAAAACCAGGAAACCGGGGGAAGCCGAUUAGUGCGGGACACGAGGAGAGCCCUCCACCGCUCCAGACGAGAUGUAUCUCUGCCAAGGAACUGGGACCAAGAGGAGGGCUCGUACUUUGGCUUUGCCGUUAGCUCCGGCUACUUCGACAGCUCCAACCUGACCAACCUCCUCUAUGUGGCCACCGCUCCCCACGCCAACACUAAGUCCGGCGAGGCCUACAUCUUUGAGUAUCGGGAUGGGGGAAGGAACAUCCAAAAGCACAAGACCUUCCGUGGUGAGCAGUUUGGCGAGUUCUUCGGGUACUCCGUUUUGGUGGAGGAUCUCAAUGGAGACGGCAAGUCGGACCUCAUCAUAUCAGCGCCCCUGUAUGUCCCAAAGUAUGAGAACUCCCACGACAAAGGAGCCAUCUAUGUGUUUAUCAACACGGGAUAUUACUCGUUCGAGAAGACGAUUAUUCAUUCGCCAGUGGGCAGUAAAGGUCGGUUUGGAACUACUCUGUCCCAAAUAGGCGAUAUCAAUCAUGACGGCUACAACGACGUGGCCGUGGGAGCUCCCUUUGCCGGCAAUGGAUCGGUGUUAAUCUACCUCGGCAGCAAAGAUGGGUUGCGGGAUCAGCCCAGCCAGCGACUGGAUGCUCCUCCCCAGGCUAAGGAGAAGUACGGAGCACACAUGUUUGGCCACGGCUUAUCCCGCGGAUCGGACAUAGAUGGCAACGGGUUCAACGACUUCGUUGUCGGAGCCCCCAACGCGGACGUCGUCUAUGGGUACAAGGCUUAUCCUGUUGUAAAAAUAGUUGCAAGAAUUGAACCCACCGUACAUCGGAUCCAACCGGAGCAGGAAAGAUUGAAUAUCACCGCCUGCUUUAGAUUGAAAACCACCUCCAAGGUCCAUGCGAUUCAGCAGCAGGAGCUGAACAUCUCGAUAGAACUCGACGUGGCAAAGGAACCCAUGGAUAAGAGGGCUGUAUUCGAGGGCGACACUAAGAUCCGAUUUUUGGCUGUUGCUAUGCUCGAGGAGAAGUGCAGAAAUUUCGAAAUUCAAAUGGUCCGGAAAGCUAAAUUCGAGAACAUUACCAUGAAAAUGAACUACGAGCUGCAGAGGAAAAUUCCGAAUACAGAAAAGUUCUGCAUGGACUGCGCGAUUGUGGAUCCAGCAGAUCCGAAGUUUUCCACGGGCAAUAUUACCUUCAACACGGGCUGUCCCACUGUGGACUGCGUUGCUGAUCUGAAGCUGAGGGACAUGGAUGUGAGGUCCGAAUUCAUUCUGGGUACCUCCGACGUUCUCCGUGUGAGAUACAACAUCACCAACGAAGGGGAAAACGCCUACCAGCCGCAAUUCAACGUGACCAGCAUUCCAAUCCUGGACUUCGCCCAGAUUCCGGGAUACUGCAGUAAAUAUAAUGACGUCUUGAUGUGCGAUCUGAAUCAAGGGUUUCGAAUUGCCAAAUUUCAAUCCACUUAUGUCGAUGUCAUCUUCGAUGUGACCCAACUAGGCGGACAGUCACUGACCAUCUGCGCAAAUGUUUUCAGUGCCCUGAACGAGUCCAGUCCCGGGGACAACAACUUUACCACCGUGAUCACCCUGAAGGAGCACACCGAGAUCGAUGCCAUUGGAAUCCAGACAAAUGACCAAAUUGUUCUCAAAAAGGACCUCUACACCGCGGAACUCAUAAACCACUACGAGUUCAAGAGCCACGGCCCCAGCACAAUAGAAAAGUUAAAUCUCUCCCUUUACAUUCCCAUAGCCUAUAAGACGUCGGAUUCUGAUAUAUAUCCCAUCAUGGAUCUGUCCAGCUUUAAGAUUCAGUCCAGCUACAACGAUUCCAAGCAACUCACCAUCGAACUCUUCGACCCCAAUAGUGUGUUGCUCAAGAACUUCACCGAGGAGCACCAGCAGACCACCUUAUCGACCAUCCGAAAGCGGAGAGAGGUGAAAGGUCUGAAGGUGAAGUCCGAUUCAGAACGGCCGGAGCAAAAAGCUAACAUAUCACAGGUCCAGACCAACGAACUGCUGUUGGAGGAGAACCUUCCGAAGGAUAACACACUAGUGCUGAACUGCCAGGAAACCAACCGGACGAUAUGCGUGCGCGUCGAACUGGGGCUCGACUUUAAGCCGGAUAAAUCAGUGAGCCUGGACAUUAGCUUCGACGUAGAUCUGAAUGAGGUCGAGUGCUCCUGGGAGUACUUUGUCAUCAAGACUGACCUGCGGCUCCUCAAGCGGGGCGAUCCCUCGUGCAGUUCGUUCAGGAUUAACAAGAAGAUCAAGUCGAAUGUGAUUUGCAAGCAUGCCGAAGUGUCCAUUUGGAAAAUUGUCCUGUCCGGUAUCGGAGGCGUGGUCCUGCUCUCUGCCAUAACCUACACUCUAUACAAGAACGGAUUCUUUAAACGCACCAUGAAGUACAAAAUGAGCAGGCUGAUUCGAGAAAGUUUUGCGGAGGUGGAUGCAGCGGCGGCGGAGAAUGCUAGAGCAGAUGGGGAUGUGGAUUCGGAGUCGGACUAGGAUGCGAAUGCGGUUGCGGAUUAGCCCAUUAAUUAAGGGUUACCAUUUGUUCUUAUAUUUUUAGGCAUUGUCAAUGAACUAUAGUUACUAUAGUAACAAAAUCUUAGAAAAUGAAAUAAAAUCUAGUUUCGUAUAAAAACACGAAA